AUGUGUGCGCUUUCAUCGGCUCGUGUGCGUGAUGGUGCGCUGUACACUGGCAGAUGGGAUGCGAAUUCACUAAAGAGCCCGUCUUCCGAAGAGCUGUUCCAAGCUGCUAGACAGGCUAUACCUCCAGAUGCCGCAUUAUCGCAGGAUUUUGAUUACAUGCGAGCUUAUGCUUUACUCGCCAUCACUUCUAUACAAUACGGAGAUACUCCUCGGAUGAACUACUAUCUCGGUCUCUACCAUAGCUUCGUUGCUGUAGGUAUGCUGCAGGACGAAAACAAUUGGCCGUCCGGACUCGCACAUGUCGAGAUCGAGGAGCGAAGAAGGCUCUUCUGGUCUAUGUAUACCCUGGACAUCUUCUCUUCCAUCAUCUGGGGUGGUUUCCCCAAGAGCAGAGAAGCUUGCUUCAAUGUUUGUUAUCCCGCCGAAUGUGAUGACGAGUAUUUCAGCGACGCGAAUCCUGUAACAACAGAGCACAUACAUACCGCCCCCAGCUGGGUGAAAGGAUGGAACUUCGUCACAGAUUUAUACCGUAUACUCGAACAUGCAGUCGAUCGUCUUGGGAAUCUACGAUAUCCGGUACAGCGUACACCCUCUGUCAUGAGCUAUAUUGAGCAAGGGAGUCCCCGGCAGGCUUCAACUCUCACCAACAUCAUGACACUCUACGAACAAUUACCGCCCAUCUUCAAAACAACCCAACCGUUAACGGGCAGACUCGAGAAAGAUCUUUUCGGCUUCCAAGCCGCGAAUAUCGCCGCUUCGCUGCAACUCGUCCGCAUGGUCCUGUUCACCACUGAUAACUCGACUGUAGACCAAAAGUGUCAGAUCGCGAGCGAAGUCAUCAAUGGAUUCGCCAGUGUUCCUGUGGCUUACCUUCGGGCCAUCAGUUCACCUCUCUUCCAUCAUCUAGCGGGUAUUGGGAGUAUCAUGGGCUCGGCUUUUGAGAACGGUCUCACCGAAUCGUCAUAUCGACGAGUACGCUCAGUAUUGCUGGAUCUUGCGAACCUUCUGGCGAACCUAGAAGUCGAUUUGUACUGCGCUGCAGGGACGAGCGACAAGUUGCGAGCUCAGGUUUCCCGAAUUGACGAGUUUAUGAAGAUACAACGGUCAGUGGAUGCGAGCGGGACAGCUGGAGGAUUGACACCAUGGACGCAUCAUCCCAACCCUGAGUUGUUGUCACCAGGUCUACAGCAGCAACUCGCAAUGUCUGAAAAUUCACCACAAAUACAUUUUCCGGCAGAGCUCUUCGAAAAUUGGUCUUGGGCGUUUGAUUUCAAUUAG